GAGAAAACUUCAUUUAUUAAUAGCUCUGUAUCUAUUUCCAUUAUUUUCGGUUUGUAAAUACAACAGUAAUAAAGUGGAACCAACAAAAAUUCAAACAGGAAAGAUGAUCGUAGAUAACAAUCUCGCUCUACCUGUUUUCAAACGCUUUCAGCUCAGCUCCGCUCAGCACUCACUCUGACAACCCCACUUUGUUAUAUCGUAAACAUGUUUCUCGCUUCUCACAUGCUUAUGUCAAAUACCAGCUCAGCUCAGCUUCCAGCUUCCACUCUGACAUCAGCCUUAGUCACCAUUAAUAAUUACCAAAAUAAUUCUCGUGUAAGGGCCGCUUAUCGUAUAGAGGCAAUACCCGUAGAGUGACUAUAAUCAGAGUGGCGUCAGCUGUUCGUUUGGAAUGACAGCUCCCAGUUCCAAACGAGCAAACGACCAGUCAAUUCAAUGUAAAGCUAAUGGAAUGUUUUGAUUUGUUGCCAAAAUUACGGAUGAGAUGUCGUCACUCUGGUUAUAGGCACUCUAAAUACCCGUAACCUGGUAAUCUGGCAACCUGGCAACGCUGGAAACAAAUUAAAAAUUAUUAAGGUUUGUUGCCACGUGGCUGUGCAGAGUGAGUUCUAGUGUGUUUCUUGAGGUUUUUCUUUAUCUAUAUCGUGAGUUUCUAGAUACAAUCCCAAAAUUUUCGUUUCAUUUUUGUUACAGAACAGUUGGAUCUAUAGCAAUAUGCCUUCGCGUAAAAAACCGGCAGCCAAAGGUCCGUUUUUCUUCUUCAUGUUGGAGUUCCGCAAACGAGAAGAAUCUAAGGGUAAAAGUUUUCCUGGUGGAAUGGAUCAGCUAAUGCGUGAAGCUGGUCCUCACUGGAAUAAACUAACAACUGCGGAGCGAGAAACAUACAGAGAUCAUGCCAAGUCAUAUAAGCUGAAUCCCAUAAGCAAAUGUGUGGAGAAGUACACUGCCCAAGGCAUACCGUUUUCGCAAAUUGAAAAAGAGAAACAGAUGCGUCUGAAAAAAGAACAGACCAUUCGUAAAGCAGUAACAGAAAUGAUUGAAACGGCUGCGUGCAACAAUGUGCUGGAAAAAAUGAAGGUUUACUUGAUAUCUUUCAAUUAUUUCUGCAAAACGAGCAAGCAGUUAUAUAUUCCGGCAGAAAUGGCCAUCAUAUCUUACAGCUUAGAACGCGGUGUGAUAGAUAAAUUUCAUCAGUUUGUGAAUCCAGUUAAUCUCCCUUUAGGGUUAGCUUACGAAGCAAAUAUUAUGAGCGAUGAAAGUCACCGGCUGCCAAUACCGCCCGAAUCGAUGGGAGAAACAGACUAUGCUGUUCUGCUGGAAAAACUGUUGGAUUUUACCGAGAACGGAGAAAAAAAAUAUCGGCUUUUCUUUGCGGAAGAAUCGCAAGUUCCUGUAGUGGAGAACAUAUUGAACCAAUUUGUAGAAGAGUCAAAGGACCCGCACAAAUUUUUAGUUUGUCCGUUAGGUGAUUUCUUCUUUCAGCUGAAACGUACUACAGAGAGUUACGGACUGGAUAUUUGCACUUUCCCGGCAAAAACCGUGGCAGAUAUUCUACUGAAAAAGGAUACAUACGAAUACACAAGUGGAAUUGCUUGCGAAUUCCACGAAAAGCUUGGAAAUCCUAGGUUUUGUUGUCUAUCGAAAAUCAUUCGCUUAUCGUACAUUAUAUCGGAUAGCUGCUGUUUAGAUUUGAACAUAGAUAUGGUCGCAGGACGACAUCUACCGAUGAACGCGAAUACCACACUCUGUUCGGAUUUGUCCGAAACAGGUUCGAAGUUUUACGACCAAAGCGACCGGAUGUCAUUUGUUUCGUCGUCAGAUUUGACCCACUUGUCAAUGCCUAAGGUACAGAAGAUACGCUCGAAAAGUCCCUUCCGUACAUUGGAAAGUGAAAGCGGACAAAUAAUCUACAGUUCACGAGCGGGAACAUCGAAACAUGGUCAGGAAAAACAAGAUACUGUUUCAACGAAUCCUUUUCAUAUUUUCAAAACGGAAAAAAUGGGUUCUGAUUCAAUCAAGUUGGAUACGACAGUCGUUGAAGCGGGACCGAGUGAAAGUUACAAUCCAUUUAGUCGUCAAACGAAGCUGGAAAAUGUUCGUCAACCGCGAGAAAUCGGUGUUGUUGGCCAUGGUCGUGGAUCUUUGCUUGGCAUGACAGGUUCUAAUUUUUUGACCAGUUUCCAGAGACCUGUCGGCAAUGGUUUUACUGUAGCCGGUCGAGGAUUGGGAUUUUUUGGCACCUUUUCCACUGUAUCAUCAAUAAAAUCAGGAGAAUGCGGCGAUGACGAGGAUUGAAAUGUGUUUUGUUUAUCUAAUUUUUUUUUGUUUUAAACUUACGAUUUCUGUAAGUUGAUUUACACGGUUUGAAUAAUCGUGGAUUUUUUUCUUGAUUGUUAUAAUGUAAUAAAUAAAGUCAUUUUUCUUUAUUGAA